AUGGGUGGUUCCGAAAGCCGGGGUUAUCCGGGGCUUAGAUUGAUCGUUUUUUUCGUUCUGCUGUCCCUCUGCCAUCCAUCGAGUGGUGCCCAACGUGGGGCAAAUGCCGCCAAGUCCAAGUCGACCGCCUUGUUCCUGACAGUGAAAAGUUCUAACUUUUGCAUCGCCAAGUUCGAUCACAUCACGAGCGGUUACCUAUUACUGACCGACAUCAUGAUCAGCCCUGACGGAGUUCCGCUCGAGAUCUUUAAAGAAAACUGUGUUUGUAAGAAGCAGCCUGGAUUGAAGAUAAUCAUCUCGCUGGGAGGCUCGGUAGUGCCAUCCGAGCUGUUCGCUUACCUGGCUAGCGAUGAGACACGGCGUCCAGCGUUUUGCGAUAAUUUGGUGGAGUUUGUGUUAUCACAUGGAUUUCAUGGAAUCGACCUUUCUUGGUUGUAUCCAUCACCACAGGAGCGGCACCACUAUGUUAACUUGCUGAGAGAUCUGCGGCUGGCCUGCGAUCGCAAUGGGUUGAUCCUGACAGUGACCGUUCCAAGCCGCCCCUCGGUGAUCGAAGUUAACUAUCCUGUAGAAAAGCUAGAGAAGUAUUGCGACUUUGUGAUUCUCUCUACCACCGAGUAUCGGAAGUUGCGCAAAACGUCCUUUAUUGCUCCGCUGUACUCGUGCAGUCCGGGCUCAUCAAAUAGUAUUGACUACCAUGUGGAUCGCUGGAAAACGGCCGGUCUGAGCUCGAGCAAGAUAGUGAUCGUAAUACAGACCAUGACCUUGACGUACAAACUGUACAUUCCGAACGAGUACCGCAUUGGUACACCAGCGCUGCAGUUGAAGAUACGGCCGUACUACAAGAUCUGCCGCAAGCUGUACAGUGGAUCGUUGGAAAUAUGGGACAGUAAUGCCAAGAGUCCGUAUGCGUUCCGCGAUUUAUCGUGGUACUCUUACGAGAACGAAAAGUCUAUCAAGGAGAAGGUGGGCUUUGUGGUGCAGCAGCGCCUCGGGGGAUUGGCCGUGUUCUACUACGAUGAAGAUGACCCGAUCAACAUUUGCGGAGAUGGUCAGUAUCCUAUGACGGCGAUGGUCAUAGGGGCCCUACAAUCCGAUUACCAACCACCGGCGGUAAUCAGUGAACCACCGAUCUAUCCCUAUGAAGCACCAUCCAUUGGCUACUCAAUCGCACGGGCCAGUGAACUGGAUUCGUUCCUUCGGUUCGCGGAAGGCGAAGGCUCACGUGGAGAAAUGGUGCAAGUGCCAAGUGCCCCACCAACUGCACCAAGGCGUACACAAACGAUCAACUCAAGAUUCGAGAACCUUGCACUAGUGUCCGAUUCGCCGAUGACUGAUGAUGACUUGUUUCUCAAACAAGCCUUUGAUUGGGAUGACGAUUUUGAUGAACAGGAAGAAUUCGUGAUACCAUCUACGGCGCAGGCGACCUCGACGGGUAACAGUCCAUCCUUUGCUGAUGUACUGUCAGGCAACGACAGACAAAGUGCCGUUGCUGUUGUCGACAAUGAAAACCAGGGUCCGGUGGCGCAGAACUCCGUGCAACUGUUUUCGGAACCGGAUCGUAGUAGCUCGCUUCAACUGUUUUCGGAACAGAGCAGCGCUGGUAGCAACCAGCGAAGCUAUGGUGCGGCCUGUAAGAGGUGUGGUUCGCCCUUGCCUUCGCCAUGUCACCAUUGUCGGCAUAACAUUCCACAUCUCAGUUAUGGUGAGACUUGUAGCAAGUGUGAUUCUGAUUUGCCAAUUCCACCUUGCCAUCAUUGUUCACCGGUGGUUCCACCACCGAAGCCUUGUGUACAGCAUCCUGCCGGUGUACGGUUCUUUGCUGUGGCUCAGAAUCCAACGACACCAAAGCCCACUACGACUACGAUGGCACCACCUCCACCACCGGUCCACUUCUACGCGGUCAGCUCCGCCAUAAACCAUAAGCCACCAUCUUCUUGCUUGACUGGUCUUGGCUUUAAUUCCCCCGUUCAGUUUGUCGCAACAGCACAUGGAUCAGCUCCACCAUGUGCCUCUACUCCACUACCACCUCCACCACCACCACCACCACCAGCACCACUGCCAUGUCCUAUGGUCAAGCUAUAUUCGGAAAACCUUCCAACACCGCAGCAGGCAAAUCCAGGUAUUGGCGUUCAAUUUCAUGCCGUUUCCGUUGGUAAUCAACCGGUUCCAUCGCCUGGAGCGUUCGUAGAGAAGAUCUGCCCUCAUGACGGUAUACUACAGGAUCCAUAUGACCGUAGGUCAUACUAUCUCUGUAAACGUGGCUUGCCAAUGUGUGAUGAGAACAAAUUCCACUGCGCACACGGGUACAUCUUUGAUGCAGCCGGCCAGAAGUGUGUUCCCGAGCGCGCUUACAAGUGAUGGAUGCUCAUAGUAUCAAGAUGAGCCAUCCCAUCCGUUCGCCAGAUCAAAGGCGAUGGGCUCGGACUAAUGGAGAGAAGCUUGCUUGUCACUAAAACAAUCCAGUGAUUGUGUCGAUCGGUCUCUAAGGGUGUAGCAGCAGCAGCAGCAGGAGCAGC